AUGGGUCGACGUAAACUUACGAUCGCAGAAGUAGAGGUUUCUAAGCAAAACAGACGAGUCAAAGAAAGAGAAAAUCAACGUAGAAGGCGAGAAAUUGCUCGACAAGGAAUUACUGAUUAUCAUCGUAUUUCAGAGUAUAAUAUAGUUGAAAAAGAUUAUUUAGGAUUAAUGAAUAUUUUAUGCAAACACUGCCAAGCCAAUCAUUUCAAAGAUGAGAAAGUUUCAAAUAAAGGAUUAUCAUUCAAUGACUGCUGUGGUCAUGGAACGGUAACGUUGGAUCCAUUCCCAGAUUUUCCACGUGAACUUUUGACUUUAUUCAAUGGAGAACACAAUCAAUCAUCAAUUUUUUUCAAUCACAUACGAAAUUAUAAUAGUUGUUUAUCAUUUGCUUCAUUUAAUGCUAAUUUAGUUAAUUUUCAAUCGCGUCGAUCAGCUCCAUACUGUUUUAAAAUUCAAGGCCAAAUCUAUUAUCAAAUAAAUACAGCUUUAUAUCCUAGCGAUGGUGAAAAUCCGCCGUAUGGACAACUUUUUAUAAUCGAUCAAAACGAAGCUAUAGAUUAUCGAUUGCAACAAAAUCCCCUUAUAGAUUAUGAAUUAAUGUCAAUUUUAGAUAAUAUUAUUCGCAAUGAGAACAGUUAUGCCAAAUCUUAUGAAAUGAUGAAAGAUGAAAUUAGGAUACAACAGCUAAUAACAGAUAUGAGAAAUGAUUCUUCCCCUUCGGAACUUCAAUUAUUAUUUUCAUUGAAACCUGGCCAAGAUAGUCGUAGAUAUAAUUUUGAACAAGUCAAUGAAGUUGCUGCAAUAUUUUCAACAACUGCUGACGGAGAAAUACCUGAAUCAUACAUUACCAUAAGAAAUAAGAAUACAAAAAACUUAGAAAUAGUUAGUUCUUUGGAUCCUAACGUAGAACCAUGGAUUUACCCUUUAUUUUACCCAUAUGGUACACGUGGUUGGCAUACAAACAUGUAUCGUGAAAAUUCUAAUCGUAAAAUUACACGUUUAGAUUAUACUAAAUAUAAAAUAGCUAUUAGAGAAGAUGAAUUUAAUCCUAUUAUACGAGGACGAAGAUUACUCCAACAAUGGGUUGUAGAUAGUUAUGUGAAAAUUGAAAAACAUAGAAUUCAAUACUGCAAAAAUCAUCAAAAAGAAUUACGAGCUGAUACGUACAAAGGAUUACAUGAUCACAUAAGUAAUAGUGCAAAUGAUAUUAAUGGUCACGUAGGCAAGACUAUAAUUCUUCCUUCAUCGUUUACUGGCUCACCUCGGUACAUGCAACAAUGUUAUCAAGAUGCAAUGGCUAUUGUUAAUGAAACAGGAAAACCAGAUAUUUUCCUCACAAUGACUUGCAACCCAAAUUGGCCAGAAAUAUCAGAAAAUUUGUUGCCAGGUCAACAAGCUGCUGACAGACCAGAUUUAGUAGCCAGAGUUUUCGAUUUGAAAAAAGACCGAUUACUUGAUAUCGUUGUAAAGAAAGCUUUUUUUGGAAAAGUUUCAUCCUACGUGUAUGUUAUUGAGUUCCAGAAAAGAGGAUUACCGCACAUGCAUUUAUUAAUUACAUUAGAACAAGGAUACAAAAUGACCACAGCUGACAUAGUUGAUGAAUUCAUAUCAGCUGAAAUACCAAUGAAUCUAAACGAACCACGUUUAUUCGAUAUCGUUAUGAGAAAUAUGAUACAUGGACCUUGUGGCAACUGGUGCAUAAAGGAGGGAAAAUGUUCCAAAAAUUUUCCAAAAGACUUUCAUCAACAUACUACUUUAGAUGAAAACGGUUACCCUCAUUAUCGCAGAACAGAUACGGGCAUUGUUCACGAAUGUCCUAAUGGGCAUAAAGUAGAUAACAGAUGGGUAGUUCCAUAUUGUGCCAAAUUGUUAUUAAUGUUUGACUGUCAUAUCAACGUUGAAGUUGUUUCAAGUAUAAAAGCUGUUAAAUAUUUGUAUAAAUAUAUUUAUAAAGGGCACGAUGCUGCUACCGUUGUAAUUGGACAAGCGGAAAGUGGUAGUACUAUUUAG